GCGGUAUUGAGGCGGCUAUAUAUAUGGGUAGACCCUUUUUCACUUAUUUUUUUUGUACACCUUUCUUUUAAAUAAUUUAAGAAAUUAAAUAAAAUCAUUAAUAAUAUGUCUAACGAACAAACUAACAACAAGGAUCAAUUGCAGAAGCAAUUAGGUGAACUUGGUGACAUCAUCCACAACAAGUUGGGAGAACAAGGUAAAGACUCUACUCAAGCAGAUGAUGCUGUCAAGAAGGUUCAAGAUUUUGUUGGUGAUGCUUACGGUAAGGUUGAAAAAUCUGACAACAAGGAAAAGACUCAAAAUGAAAUUGCUCAAAACCUUUUAGGUAAAUUUGAACAAUAUGCUGGUAAGGGUGAAACCAACAAGGUUGAAGAGAAGAAAGAUUAAAUGAGAUAUUAUUACAUAGCUGGGUUUUGGUAUUAUUUUAAAUUGGACUUAUUGAUUAUUGAGUAAAAUGUAGGCAGAAAGUCCAGGAGGGUGGGUAAUCUAAAAUGAAGUGAUAUUGCUUCAAGUACCAAG